AUGUCUGUAUAUCCGUCUGUGUGCAGUCUGGCAAAGAUGAUUUGUUUUGUGUCAACGGUGCUAGUCGGUAACAACGUCACCAUGUUCUGUGCGUUCAACGGCCUUGCAGACGAUGAUGUCGUCAACUGGCACAAGUACAACCCGUCCGCGUCGAACGAUAAACUGUCCCACGUGUCCUCCGGUACUGUUGUGGGCCCGGAGUUCCGUCGAAGGUUCUCUAUCGUCGGCGACAACCGGAGCGGAGAGUUCAACUUGCGCCUGACCAACGCUCAGCCACGCGACGCGGGGAGCUACAGAUGUGGCGUGUUUUCUGUCAGAGAUGCCAGGGAUGCAAAACUCACCGUCAUCGGGGGCAGUCCUCUGCCGCAGCUGGCCUGGUACAACGGUACACAGAGGAUGGACAUUCCCGAUUCCGCACGGACAGAGGAGCCGUCAGAAAACAGAGUGUCUCUUGACCUGGUCAUCUCUUUUCUGACCAAGUGGGACAAUGGAGCUAACUUCACCUGUAUCGCUGACCAGGAGUUCCCUAGCGUGGUCCAACCUAAGGUUACGUCAGUAACAAUUCGCGUCCAGUACCCUCCAGUCGUAAAGAUGCCUAAGAUGUCUGUGGUAGUGACAGAAGGACAGUCCGCUAACCUCAGCUGUGAAGUGGACAGCAGUCCAGAAGCGUCCUUAACAUGGUGGAGACUUAAGAAAAACUUGAGGGAAGGACCACUUGGAAGUGGCACAUUGCUCACAUUGACCAACGUUACCCGUAAUGACAGAGGAACGUACCAGUGCAGGGCGAUUAACGGGGUCAAACCAGGCGGGCUGGGGACCAUGGCGCUGGACGUCAAAUAUCCCCCGUACAUUAGGCCCAGCUUUCCUAAAGAGCAAAGCGUCAUCUACGGACAGGGAGUUUUCUCCAUGGACUGUCAGGCUGAGGGGAACCCAAAACCACAGGUCAAGUGGAGACGGAAAGACGUCAACAUGUUCUUCAACAAUCCCAUGACUCUGUCGGACGUGGGGUACUUGGAGGAAGGGUUUUAUGAGUGUAUCGCCAGGAGCGAAGGGUUCAGGGAAGUCAGGAGAGGGACCUUCAUCAAUGUCAUAGGUAGACCGGAAGUCCUGAGCGACUCGUCCGCCGUGUCGGUCCCGGGCGGCGACACCGUGCGGCUGAGCUGCCGGAUCCUGGCCGACCCCCCGCCCGACAAGAUCACCUGGCUCCGGACGGCGCCGGACAGUCGUCAGGAGCAGCGGUACGAGGGCGGCAGGAACGGGGACGUCGAAGUCAAGACGAUCGUCGAGAACGAGAUAAGGAGCGAACUGACCAUAAAAUCAGCUAAGAACGCUCACGUGGGAGACUACACUUGUAAGGCCAUCAACAAGUUCGGCUCGGACCAGAAAGAGUUCAGGGUUUCUGUUACAGGUUCUGCCGUUGCCGUGGUGGGGGUGAUCGCGGGGUCGGCAGCCGUGGGGAUGUUACUCGCUAUUGCCGCUAUCGUCGCGCUCAGCAUCCGGAAAGGCUGGAUCGGGAGAGAUAAGAAGAAAAAGAAAUCCUCUAAACCAUCCGAGUCGCUGGCCUACUGCAUCAGUGGCAGGUCUACCAUGGACUACCCAGUCAUACACAGUACAAAGACGGAUACUAUGAAUCAAAAGAAUGUAAUAGAGUUGCAACACUUCGACAAAACACCCAGACCUCGGCCUCCUCCGAAAGUAGACAAGUCUCCAUACACAUCCGGUCUAUCGUAUUCCAUGAUAGCGAACGUCCCCUCCUAUCGGAACUUCCCUCAGUCUACUGCCGUCCGAGUGGGGAAGAGUGUGACCUUGACCUGUGCGUUUGACGGCCUCUCUCCGAAUGACGUAGUCAAUUGGCACUGGUACAACCCAGAGACGGAGGCCAAACUCCACCACAUCUCUUCUGGCAGUAACGUCGCCCCGGAGUUUUCUCGCUUCUCGGUAGUGGGGAACAGCCAGAGCGGGGAGUUCAACCUCCUGGUCAGAAACGCUCGCCCUGAAGACGAAGGGAACUACCGCUGUAGCGUCUUCUCAGUUAGGGAAACCAAAGAUGCCAAGUUAACAGUCGUUGGCAGACCCGACGUCCUGAGCGAGUCGUCCACGGUAGCCGUGACCGGCGGGGACACCGUCAAACUCUCCUGUAAAAUCGCCUCCGACCCUCCGCCUGAAGACAUCAGCUGGGUGUACAGGGGCAGAGAAGGCGAGGAGAGGAGGUAUCGCGGAGGCAGAGUGGACGAUGUGGAAGUCAAGACUAUGGUCGGGGACAGGAUACAGACAGAGUUGACUAUAGCGUCUGCCACCAACGCUAACGUUGGGGACUAUCUCUGUAAAGCACAAAACAUGUUCGGGUCGGACCAGCAGGAAUUUAGGGUAGAGGUUACAGCCUCUCAGAUGGUGGUUGUGGCUGUUAUAGCGGGGUCUGCCACCAUUGGCAUGCUACUCGCCAUCCUUACUGCCAUCUGUAUCGGACUACGGAAAGGCUGGAUAGGGCGGGACAAGAAAGACCUGUCGGAGCCGGCACCUGCGUAUUCGACCGUGGAUACGGCGAGGAUACGACGUCAGGACGACACGUACACGUACAGUCCACGCCGGAGUCCUUAUCGGGACCACGUAGAGGAGCUAAGGGGCGCCGUUCCAAAAUCGAGCAAAUACUAUAAUCCACCGGAACCCAUUUGGAGGAUGCCGGAAGAAACCUGAAGUACGCUGAUUCCAGACCGCGAUUUAUCAAGUCACACAGAAACGACAGUCGCCUCCACGGACAACUGACCAAGGUCUUGCUCUAGCAAACUGGCUUUACGUACACAUCAGAGACAACGGCGACCGGAGUGUAUGCGCCAGACAACUGGGAUAUGCUUCUUAUCUCUAGACCAGAGGCUCACCAAAGACAACUUCUUUCCGCUCGUUGUGAUGAAAUAUACAUGUCAUGACUGACGAUUUGGUUGGACGGGAAAAGCCGUCACUCCAUGAUACGUUUGUUCCUGAGUACUCUACAUGUAACACACGAAGCUGGUCAUCAUGAAAGAGCAAAAUAAAAAGUGGUUUAGCAGCCAACAGAACUUUGCUAACAUUUGGGUCGACGUAGAGAAAGAAUUGCAACAUCUAGUGUGAAGGUUUUUUUUUGUCUCAUUUCUGUUACAACAAGGAGCAAAGCAAACUAUUGUAACUCAAUAUUUCCUUUGUACGUGGACAGGGCUGUUGAUGGGACACACUGAGUACGUCUGGGCCCACUAUUGCUGCUAUAUGUGUGUCAAACUAGCUA